AUGCGCGUUACGUCGGCUUUGCUCCCUGUCCUAGGCCUAGCAGCUGAAUCUGCUAGCGCUGCCUACGUGCUGUGGGAUGAUUACAGCCCAGAUUCAUUCUUCGACAAAUUCUCCUUCUUCACCGACCGCGACCCGACUAACGGCUUCGUUGACUACGUGGACCGGGGAACCGCGCAAAACGCAGGCUUGAUAUCAGCCGGGUCAUCCGUCUACAUGGGCGUGGACCACACCAACAUCGCCAGCUCUGGGCGCCAAAGCGUGCGCCUGUCAAGCACCCAAACAUACCACCAUGGUCUCUUCAUCAUCGACCUCGGCCAUAUGCCCACGGGCUGCGGUACCUGGCCGGCCUUCUGGAUCCUCGGCCCUGACUGGCCCAACGGCGGUGAAAUCGAUAUCAUUGAGAACGUCAAUGAGGCCACAAACAACCAUAUGACCCUCCACACCAGCGACGGCUGCUCCAUCGACCCCACUGGCUUCUCGGGCUCCCUCCUCACAAGCAACUGCUAUGUUCAGGCAUCAGGACAAGACAACAAUGCAGGCUGCGGCAUCCAAGCUACGUCCUCAAACUCCUAUGGCGCAGGCUUCAACGGCGCAGGCGGUGGCGUCUAUGCGACCGAGUGGACCGGCAACGCAAUCAGCAUCUGGUUCUUCCCGCGCUCUAGCAUCCCAGGCGAUAUCUCCUCGGGGAACCCUAACCCUUCCUCCUGGGGUAUACCCGCCGCUCGGUUCGCCGGAAACUGCGAUAUUGACUCUCACUUUACUGAUAUGCAAAUUAUCUUCGACAUAACCUUCUGCGGCGACUGGGCCGGCAACGUCUGGGGCAGCGGCUCAUGCUCUGCCCACGGCUCCUGCCAGAACUACGUCGCCAACAACCCCUCUGCGUUCUCCGAGGCAUACUGGGACAUUAACUCUCUGCGCGUGUACGAGGACUCGGCUUCCGCUAAGAAGCGUGCGUCCGAAGUAGGUAACACACCUCAAGCUCGUGAAUUCCCGCGAAGAUCAAUGAGGACCCGCUCGGCUUCUAUUGAAUAG